AUGGUUAGUUUACUUAAAUCAAUAAAAGCACAUAAUGACAAGGUAUGGAAUAUUAAUUCACAUCCAACAUUACCACUUCUAGCUACUGCUUCAACAGAUAAGACAUCAAAAAUAUUCAAACUAAGUUCAUUACAAAAUUUCCCACAAUUAACAGUCUUAGAAGAUACCCAUAAACGAUCAAUAAGAGCCAUAGAAUUCAAACCAACAGUGAAAAACAGCGCAGAUCCAAGUUUCGUAGACCUACCUGCUCUCGCAUUAGGCUCAUUUGACUCAACAAUAUCAAUCUGGGGAAUAGAUGAACCUUCAAACAUUGAUUUAAUAGAUGAAUCAGAAAUAUCAAAUCAUGAGGUGGAACUUCUUACUAAUGCCUCGAAUGAAUGGAAUCUAAUUGCAAUUAUAGAAGGUCAUGAGAAUGAAAUCAAAAGUGUUUCAUGGAAUUGGAGUGGGAAAUAUUUAGCUUCUUGUUCUCGUGAUAAAACUAUUUGGAUAUGGGAAACUGAUUCAGAAACCCUUGAAGAAUUUGAAUGUAUUUGUGUAUUGAAUGAUCAUGGACAGGAUAUAAAACAUGUAACUUGGCAUCCAACAAAAAACAUACUUGCAAGUUCUUCAUAUGAUGAUACUAUACGUAUAUAUAAACAGGAUGUAGAUGAUGAUGAUCAUUGGAGUACUAUUGGAAUAUUAAAUGGUCAUGAAGGUACAGUAUGGUGCUCUAAAUUUGAAAAUCCAGACUCACCAAUGUCUAAAGAAAAUAGAAUUAGAUUAGUUUCAGUAUCUGAUGAUUUAACAGUUAGGAUUUGGUCAAGUGAAGAUAAAGAGAAUGAAGAAGCGAGUGAAUUACCAAGUUCAAUUAAACAUAGAUCUGAGGAAUUAGUAUGGGAAUUGGAUUGUAUAUUGCCUACGGCUCAUUCUUAUCCUAUUUAUUCGGUUUCUUGGUCUGAUAAAACUGGUAAAAUUGCAACUUGUGGUUCUGAUGGUUUAAUUGUUAUAUAUAAGGAAGUAAGUGAUGGGAAUUGGGAAAUUGAGAAUAUGAAAGAGGCUAGUCAUGGUGUUUAUGAAGUUAAUAGUAUUAUAUGGGCUAAUACUAUUGAAGGUGAUGAAAUAUUAAUAACUGCUGGUGAUGAUGGUUAUAUCAACUUCUGGGAAGUGCAAGGAUGA